UACAUCCCCACACAAGCAAACUCCACAACAUCCUUUUCAUAGAUCCACUUCCUCAUUUAUAAUCAAAUCCAAUAACUAGAAACAUUACCACAUUAUCCAUAUCCAUUAUAUAUACACACACGCAGAUUGAUUAUAUAUAUAUCGCCUGUACGGUAUACAAUGGUGAAAUCAGAGCCUAAGAUCCAGAACAAGAUAAAAAAGGCGGUGCCCUUAUCGCCAUCGAAGAAGUACAAGGGAGUGAGGAUGAGAAGUUGGGGAUCAUGGGUGUCUGAAAUUAGGGCACCGAAUCAGAAGACAAGAAUCUGGUUGGGUUCUUACUCAACCGCUGAAGCAGCUGCUAGGGCUUACGAUGCUGCGCUCUUAUGCCUCAAAGGCCCUAAAGCCAAUCUCAACUUCCCAAACAUUUCUUCUUCCCUUCACAUCGACGAAAAUACCGUUUUGUCCCCUAGAUCCAUCCAAAAGGUCGCUGCCCAAGCCGCCAACUCCUCCUCUUUUGACCGCUUUGCCCCUACCCUUGACCGUGAUGACCAUCAUCAUCAGCCAUCAUCAUCGUCAGCGGCAUCAUCCCCAUCCGAGCAUGAUGACGACGAUGAUGUCUUGCUAUCAUCAUUGAUGGGGUCUUUAGAAGACUGCAGUGAGCGAGUUUCAUUGAUGGAUUCGUCAUGGUUUGGUCAUGUCGAUGAUGAUCAUCUUCAUAAUGGGGUGUUCUUGUUUGAUGAUGUUACGUUUGAUUAUUCUCCUCCACCGAUGUCGACGGCGACGAUGGUCGACGACUUUUACGAAGAUGCUGAGAUUCCGCUCUGGAGCUUCAGUUGAUCCGACGGUCCAUUAUUAAUAACCAUAUAUACUUUAUUUGCAUAUUAUUCUUUUAUUCUUUCUUUUAUUUUAAUUCAAGUUGUCGUUUUUUUUGGGUCAUCUUCAAGUUUCAUGUUACUUGAAGAGAAUUAUAUAUUUCUAACGAUCGAUGACCUUACACAUAUGAAAACUAUACAUACAUAUAUAUAUAUAUUAAUGUUUGAUAUGUUUAGGGUUUUAGACACGACAAAGCAAAUAUUAAUGGACAAGAAGGCUUUUUUUUGUUCCACUUCUUGUCUUUUAUGUGUAUCUUUAUAUUUCCAUUUCUUUAAAGUUCGAUUAUUGUACAAGAAAAUGUGGAAUGUGUUAAUUUCAAUUAUGUCUAUACACACACUGUAAUCAGCUGUUUAAUAAAAGAUAACAAUUUUAC